AUGGCGCACAUGGACAGGAUAAGCAUCAGCCGUCUCUUCGAUCCUCGCAACUUGGGUCACUUUCGUACCGAUGACCUUGAAACUAUUCUCAUUCUAAACGGGUUCUACCCCUCGCGUGAGGACAUUGAACAAGCAAGAGAAAAGUACGGUGACGUUGUAUCGAAGAAACAGGUAGAAGAUGAGCUUUGCAAGCAGAGAAAAAAACCACCGAUCCAAAUGAAGAUCCUCUUCGACGAAGUCAGGGAUAUAUUGAAUGUGCAACGCGGCUGCUUCAGUAGAGAGGAUUUGAUCGCUUUGUUUGCAGAACAGAAGCGACCUCUCAAAGAGCAGGACGUAGACACACUGUUAAAUGGCAUUUGCGAUAAAGGUGUUGUCAAACUGCGAAGUUUUCUUGAUAGACUGGCAAGGCCAGUGAACACAAACGAAUGA